UUCAAGGCUUAAACCUUAUAAACGCUGGCAUUUUAAUUACGGAACACAAGGCAAUGGUUUCCUCAACAUUAGUUUUCUUCCUAUCUGCCAUUUUCAUUCUCACUGCCCAAGCCGUUGCACGGCCAGACUUUCUCUAUCGUUUUUGUACACUCGAAAGGGGUAACUACACCGCUAGUAGUACCUAUGGGGCAAACUUGAAUGACCUCCUCGUCUCCCUCUCCUCCACCACCAAAAUUGACCAUGGGUUCUACCAUUCCGCUUUCCGCCAAAACUCUGACCAAGUAUAUGGAAUUGAACUUUGUAGAGGAGAUGUUAACGCGGAUGUUUUCCGUGGUUGUCUCAAUAACGCUGCUUCUCUUCUCACUCAGCGCUGUCACCAGCAAAAGAAGGCAAUUGGGUGGUACGACAAAUGCAUGUUACGCUACUCAAAUCGCUCCCUUCUUGGCGUCAUGGAAACUCUUCCUGGUAUGAUCACAAUGGGGAACCCGAACAACGUAUCGGCCAAGUACGUGGAUCAAUUCAUCGGUGAUCUUAGCACCUUGUUGGAAAGCCUAAGAAGUCGAGCUGCCGCAGGUGGUCCUGAUCUUAAGUUUGCAGCAGGAAACGCAAUCGCACUAAACUUCCAAGCAUUACAUGCACUUGUACAGUGUACACGUUAUUUGUCUGAGCUAUUCUGCAACAAUUGCUUAGUUGGGGCUUUUAAAAAUAUUUCACUCUGUUGUGAUGGUAAGGUAUUUAUGUACUCGUCGGGGGACGCAAUAUCAGGAACGAAGUUAGAAGAUUUUAUGGAUUUGGGCCAAUGGUCAAAAAACCCUUUUAGAUUGUGGGUGGUCAUGGCCUCUGCCAGCCCUCUCAUCCCUACGUCGCUAGGUAGUACAUUCAGUACAUUCAACGGUGAUGGUAAGGUACAUACACGUCGGAGAGCCAUUGGAUUCAGCUAUAUUAACCCUACAACUGCCCCUACAACUGCUGCGUCAUUAAGAAGAUCAACCCAUAUUACAGAUCAUGAGAGAGAAGCGGACGAUAGGAAGAGAUCUUCAAUAUUCGUCAUCAAUAUUAUAUUUGUGCUAAUAGCUUCCAUGGUACUAAGCAUCUCCUUGGGCGUCUAUUUCAGUGUGAAGAGGCUAAUAAGGAAUAAUGACGGACCUACGAAUGAAAGUACAAGAAUAGAAUUGGAAUCCUUGCACGUAGACCCUGGUUCUGAAGCAAAUAAGCUUGGGCAAGGUGGAUAUAGUUGGGUUUAUGAGAGGUACACUCAGACUAGGAAGAAGCUAAGUAGCAUGCGGAAGAAGAAAGAUGGAUCUAAUUUUGUCACUCCCAAUAUUAAAGAAGAAAAUGAGAUCCAAGAGCUUACAUCUGAUCUCCCUAUGCCCGAUGGAUUCUCGGAAAGCAAUGAUAAUUCUGUCAGUCAACUCUUGAGAAAGAGGUUAAGGUCCUUGAGAGGGUUGCGGCACUCUAUGAUGUCUUCUUUGUCCUCUUCAUCACGCUCAUUCCAGCACAUGAGUCAGCUCAUUAGCGAGUUGGAUGAGUAUAAGCGGAGGUGUGAAAAGGCAGAGAGAAAAGUCAACCAACAACGAGAGAAAAUAAGCUCUGUGCGUAAAGAGAUGCAAGAGGAAGUGAACUCCAUGAAAAGACAACAAGCACAGCAGCUGCAAGAAAUGGAAGCCAAGCAGAGAGAGAUGGAGCAGAAAAUUGAGUUCCUCCUAUCACGUACAACUCCAACUCCCUAGAGACCCUCCUACAUGGAUUAUAUACUUCAUCGUCAAUAUAUAAUCCAACUCUCUCAGCGAGAAAAUAGCAACUCCUCCUAGCUAUUAGUGUAGUGUUAACAAUCUGAACAAGUUGUUGCUAAUAAUGUACUCUUAGUGACCAACUACAUGAGACUUCAAUUUCGUGCCAAGAAUCAAGAAGAUCUUUUGACA